AUGGCGGGACCUCAGACAGCAGGGUCAACUUCCACCCCAGUCGCUUCAUCACAUGCCCAUGCCGAAGAGGACCCCGAGCACAUUCAACAGUUCGGUCCCGUGCGAGGAGGGAUCGUGUUCCUCGAGAGUGGAACACCUGCGAUCAGUCGACGCUCGACGAGGAGCGGCAACAGCCUCAAGGAUGGCAAGAGUAACAACUGCGAUUUGAGCGAUGAUCAUGAUGUACGUCAUGCCGACCGUGUCUUGUCUUGCCCCGCCGCGGCUGGACCGCCCGUAAGAUGGUGGUGUGGGGCCUCGUCUACUCGGGCACUCGGGAGCACUCGCUCGCUCUCGCGCUGGGCCUGCCGGAACCUCGCCGGAACGACACUAGCACCCGGCAAGAUUUUGCUCACGGAUGAACCACAGACUCAACACUGAAUGACCCAAGAGAUUACUGACACCCCGAAGAUACUUGCGCAUACCAACAGCUCAUGUGUCUGCACGACGUGUUCAAACCUCCUGUGGUUCGGCAGUGGCUGUCGAACGGAAGGCUUUUCCGGGAGCGAGUCGAACGAGUACCCUCCCGCUUCGAGCUCAUCUUUGACUUGAUCCUGGUUGGUGAGUGGGGUUAAACCACAAGGACACAUGGGGCACGAGCGCGCUGCUGAUAUCAAGAUCGCGCUGUUCAAAUUAGGCAUUGUGCACCAACUGGCGGAUGCCGCUUCGGAGCACGUCUCGAGACUUUCGCUCGCUAAGGUCAUCUUAACGUUCUACCCCGCGUGGAGCAUUUGGAGCGACUACAGAAACUGGCAGAAUAUAUCAGGCGUAGAGUGAGCUUUGUGUUCCCAUGGUCUCGACUUGCGAUAUCCGAAUUUCUUGCGCUGAUGCACGUUUCAAGCUCUUCUCGGAUCCCACAGUGACGUCUCGCAGCGCAUUCAGACGCUUGCUAUCCUCAUCUGUCUGGUCGGAUACAGCUCGAACGCGUCGGCAAUCGAAUUGCACGUUGUCGAAGAAGGCCAUACCGCUUCGGAGGUGGCUCGUAGGCUCUUACGACGCGCAGCCGCAGCGGUCACGAACGGCGAAAUAGCCACUGCUUCCGAGAUCAUCGGCCACGGUGGUCAGCAGCACGCAAUCGUGGCGGCCACUACUUUCUUCCUCGUCGCGAAGCUCAUUCGAAGUAUGUCGUGUUCCCACUGAGUUAGUCUCGCCUGCUGUAUUCUUCCCUCUUGUUGACGCUGACCUUCUCUCUCUCUCACACACACAAUUGUUCUGUUUUCCUCCUGCAGUCGUGACCUUUGUCGGCUACGCGGCGGAGAUGACUGAUUUCCGCUCCGCAUUUCUUGCCCGAGCUGGUGCCCUCACUAUCGUUUCGCUCAUUUUUAUGGGAUGCAUCUGGGCGCCUUCGCUGAGAACGACGGCGAUCCUUGCCGCGGUUGGUGCGGCCGUCGAAAUCGGGUCGCGCUUCUCGGUCGGCGUCAUCGUGUCGGUCACGAGGCGGCAAUGGAUGCGCGAGGCCAAGCAACGAGCGGAGGACGGCGAGCUUGUGGAUGCCAGUCAGGUGCCUAUCGGAGUAGGGAUUAAAAUGAUUCCUGCUGUCAAUCUGGAGCACAGUUAGUCUCCUCAAGACAGCGUCGGGGCACAAUUUUUGGCGACCUCCCUCUAACACACGAUGCGAUCCUCCACUUUGCUCACAGUGGUCGAGAGGACAGCAGCUUUCGUCACGAUUGUCCUCGGCGAGUCGGUCAUCUCAGUUUUGUUCGUGGCCAAGCCAGGGACCUUUGGGCUAUCGCACCAAUUUGCACGAGCGGUCUUCGGGCUCACCGUCGCGUUCAUCAUCAACGCCGUCUACUUUGAUGCAGCGCUGUCCAAAAAGUUCUUACACGCAAUUCGAAGGCACUGGUUUACGAACGUCGUUUGGGACAUUACCCACUGGCCUCUCUGCACGGGAUUGAUCCUAGCGAGCGCGGCUUUGGCAAAGUUGGUCCAAAACGAAGAGGUGAAAACGCAUCAAUGCAUACUAUGGAUUAACUUCCAUGAGUUGAUCUAAUAUUCGCGUGCUAUUGUCGCUGCUUGUAGGUUUCGCAAGGUAUCCGCUGGCAGUAUGGCGGUGGAAUGGGCGUGGCACUGCUUUGCAUCACCGUGCUCGGCAUCCUCCACCAAUCUUUGGAUCCGGCUGGUUCAUCUCGCGUCAACGCUGUGAGCUCCCUCCAUCAUAUGGUCUCAGAUUGAAAAUUGCUGACUGUAUUCCCUUUUAUCACCAUCACCGACGACAGGCGUUCCGCGCCUCGAUUCGUCUCCUCGUCGCCAUCAUUUUUGCUCUGCUUCCUUUGAUCAAGUCGAUCAAGGACCUCGCCUUCCUCGGCAUCUACGUCGGCAUCGCGAGUGCGAUGGUCAUCUUCGAGGUCUGGGCCAAGCUCGGAGUCGAGAUCGUCGAGCACGAGGAUCAACGCCCCGUCGAGGAUGAGGAGGAUGCAAGUCUCGACAAGGGAGGCGGGGAUGGUGGAGGCAGCGAGUCGAUGCAUGCUCCUCACUGA